AUGAUGCUCUUUGUGGCAAGGAAUCUGAUCCGCAAUAACUCAAGUGUGUAUGGUGGUGGCUCGGCAGAGAUAUCUUGCUCAAUUGCUGUUGAAACUGCAGCAGAUCGGCACCCUGGAGUUGAGCAGUAUGCUAUCAGGUCAUUUGCUGAUGCAUUGGACGCUGUUCCACUAGCCUUAGCUGAAAACAGUGGUUUGCCUCCUAUUGAUACCUUAACUGCGGUGAAAGCUCAACAAGUGAAGGAUAGCAACCCCCGUUGUGGCAUAGAUUGCAAUGACGUUGGCACCAAUGACAUGAAAGAGCAGAACGUCUUUGAGACCCUGAUUGGCAAGCAGCAACUGAUCUUACUUGCCGCGCAGGUGGUGAAGAUGAUCCUCAAGAUCGACGACGUGAUCUCGCCAUCUGAGUACUGA